UGAUCAUGAGACAAGCUGUCUGCAUUUUGACAAAAUUCACAUAUUGUUGCGUUCAGCCGGGCUACAAGUUGUAGCCUGAAGAGGUGGAAAGUACAGAGAAGACAAAGGAAAUUUUGGUUACAAUUGCACCAUUUCACAAUACUAUUACUUAAUCGACGACUAGUGUGGCUAUUUCGUUUUUUGGCGUUUUCUUUUCAUUGUCAGUCCUGCUCCGCUCUCCGCUUACUCUCCAUUUUCGAUAAAAAAAAAAAAAAAAGUCAUUAACCAUCACAGUUAAGAGUUUUGAACAAAAAUGGGAAAGAAAAUCCUAGACCUGUGCGAAGAGUACUUCGGAGCUCGUGACUUCUACGAGGUGCUUGAGAUCCCAAAGAUUGCAAGCGAUAAGCAAGUCAAAAAAGCUUAUCACAAGCUAUCUUUACUUGUACACCCUGAUCGAGUAGAAGAAGCUAUAAAAGCAGAAGCCACAGAGAAGUUUAAGGUUCUUGGUGUAAUUCAUUCUGUUCUAAGCAAUGAAGACAAAAGGAAAAUUUACGAUGAAACUGGUCAGUUUGAUGAUGAUGACGAGGAAGUAGUUAUGCGAAACUGGGCAGACUACUGGCGCACACUUUUCAAACCGGUCACUGUACAAGAUAUUAAUAAUUAUGAAAAAAGUUACAAAGGGUCUGAUACAGAGAUCAAAGAUCUGAAGCGUGCUUAUCUCAAUGGUAAAGGCGAUAUGGAUCACAUCCUUGAAUCAGUUCCGUUUACCAAUUGUGAAGAAGAACCUCGUUUGAAGGCUAUUAUCCUGGAUCUAAUUGAAAAAGGUGAAGUUCCUGAGUACAAGCAAUUCACAGAAGAAAGUGAAAAGAAAAGAUUGCGCAGAAAAAGAAAGUGGGAAAAAGAAGCUGAGGAAACUGAAAGAUUAAGUAAAAAGCGUGAAAUCGAGAAGCAAGAAUCUGGUGCAACUGAUGAUCUGGCUCUUCAAAUUUUGAGUAAAAACAAAGCUCGACAAUCUCAAUCUGAAAACUUCUUUGAUUCCCUCAUCGAAAAGUAUGCUCAGAAAGCAGUAACUCCAAAAAAGAAAGCUGGAACUUCUAAGGCGCAAAAAAAGAAGAAAGCGUAAUGGUUUGAACUUAAAAUUAUUUAAUUUACUUUUUAUUUAUUUGAAAGUUUGUAAAUGAAGUUUGAUAAAGUCCAUAUAAAAGGGGGUCAUUUCCAAAUCGUAGUACUCCAUUAAAUCAUUAGUAUUCUUAUUACUUACUUCAACUUCUCUGUUUUAAAAUUACAAUCGCAAGAAUAAGUUUCAUCUUUUUUAUUUUUCAAGUAUAAUAUUUUAAAAUAAAAACAUUCUAAAAAAAAUUCCCUCAUCUGCAGUGUAGAUAACCUUUUUCUACAUAAAAUUAAAUAUAUUAGUCUAUAUUAUAAAUGAAGUAAAUCAAACGCAAUGAUGAUUUUUAAAGAAAAAAAUUAUUUACAUUAAUUCAUUUUUUACUACUAAUUAAAGUUAGAGUACUUUUUAAAUUAAAUUUGUUAUUUGAAAAAUCCUAAUUUUCGACACUGAUUGUUACCAAACAUUUAGCGUAUUUGUUUGAAUAUUCUGAGAUAUUUGUAGUAUAAAAAAAUUUGUGUGUUAUCAGUUUUGUGAGAAAUUCAUAGAUCAAAAGACAUACAAAUACGUGUAAUGCUGUAAUCAAACAUAAUCUACUGUCAUCGCAGAAACAUUUUCACUUACAAAUUUUCACUUUUAUAAGAUUUUGAAUUGAACUAUUUUUUAUUUAUUUUGAAUUCAAGAUAAACUUUAUAAAACUAGAUUAACGUAUUAGAAUACCUUAAAAUAUUGAUUAAUUUAUUUAUAUGUGGGCUCGAAAUUCUUCUACUUAGCUUACAUACAUGUGAUACAAGAAUACAAAAUACCAGCACUCAAAUUUACCAUCUUAUCCAACCUACGUGAACGAACUAGUGAAAAAAUUUUUAACAUAAUUUUAGUAAAACCAAACAUUGUCAUAAAGAUUUUGGUUUCCAAGAUUUUCGUGUUUGGUUGAUAAAAUUAUAAUUAAAAAUAAUCACACAGCACUCUAUAGAUUUGUGACAAAUAAUAGUAUAAGACUAAGAUAUUUCUCUCUCCGUUUUGGUGGUCAAUUUUUACGAUAGGUUGAUAGAGAAGUAAGAAGAAAGAUAAACAACUGGAGAAGUAGUGUUUCGAUAUAAAAAGAAAUGAUACCUGCACCCAUACUCCCACGAAAAAAGUAUAUAUAUUACAGAUCAGAUGUAAUUUCUGUUCUUGUUACUUAAUUUGCAUUUGCGUAGUCCCUACAUUUCAAGACGUGUCACAGCAAUACUGAUACUAAUAUUAAUGUCAGGCUAAUGAUUGUUUCGAGCACCUACUUAGAUGGCUCAUAAGUAGACUCAGCUCGUUACUCUCAUUGUCUACAGCAUUUAAUUGUCAUCAUUUUUAAUUUUUAAGAUCAUCAGAUUCUGAAAUGAUUCAAGUAAAACCUACUUUGUAGUAUUGCUAUACGUACACAUUAGGUUAGAAAAUUUUCUUAUGGGCACGGAACCCUUGGUGCCUUUGUCAAAGGGUACAUCAAUAAAACAUUU